CAAAAAGCUUGAACGAUAUACGGAAUGCCCGCCGUUUGCCAGGCCGUUCAAGGCCGUUGAAACGAAACGGCGGGCAGCUUCGUAGGAGUUUUUUUCCGUGGUAAAUUAUCAAAGAAUCUUCUUUGUUCUAUGGGCCUCUGCCAACUGACUGUUCCAUAAGAAGUCGUUACUUCCCCGCCAUAAAUGAAGCUAAGUAGCUUUCCACCGUCAUCAGGAGUCGCUGUUCAGCCUAAUGUACGAUGUUUAGUCGGGUUGUAUGGAUCUCUUAAGGAUUCCAGCUUUGAAAACCUCAAUCGACUAGUAGAAGAAGAUCGAGAUGAACAAGAGAUUUUGCGAUAUGCGAUAAGUCACGAAGAGUCUGAUGAAGUUCGAUUUUUAGUUGGAUCUCAGUCUCUGAAGCCACAAGGUAGUCAGGUCACUUUGGUAACACUUGUGGAGUCAUUAGAUAUCGACUUAAAAAAACAGACUUUUGCACAUCCGAAUGGAGAGGUUACUUCAUUGGUUACACUGGCAUCUAAACCAGAUUGCUUUAUAUCACUGUCAGCAUCAUAUUCAAAUGAACGACCAGAACUUCGUAAUAGUGCUCGACUUUGGAGAAUACCUAAUCUUAACGAAACUUUAUUAGACGAUGCUAUGAUUGAAUCAAAUCUAUCAAAAUCACCAGUAGAUAACAAUAAUUCAUCUACGGCGAAUAAUUCAUUGGAUUAUGUAACUACACUACCAUUAGAUAAAUAUCAUAGCAUCAAAAGGAUUACAUCACAUCCGUCUAGUACGUGCUGUGAUUUAGCCUGUGUUGUCGGACCACCUAUUGAAAUGCCUGGUUCAGCUGCUUAUUCUUCCCUCGUAACCACUGCAACGACAAGCUAUUUAGUCAUACUUAAAGCUUCAUCAAAUUCAAAUUCUAGUGAUUAUCAAAUCAGUACAAGUGUACAGUUAUAUUUACCACCUUCAUCUCCAAGUGAUAGUUUACGUACAAAUAUGAAGUCAUCAACUGGUUGUUUAUCAACUACUGCAUCACCUAACGCUAUUCGUUGGUCUCCACAUGAACAUUCAAAUCAACUUGCGAUAGCUUUUGAUAAUGGUAUACUAGGAUGGGAUGUUCGAUGUAUGAAGCCUAGUUUCUGGAUGGAAAAUGCCCAUUGGCCAUGUGUUAGAGACAUUGAUUACAAUCCUCAUCGUCCUAAUCUGUUAGUAUCCGGUGGAGACGAUGGAAUCAUGAGACUUUGGGAUCUUCGCUAUUUACGCACAAGAUAUCGCUGUCUGUCUACCACUGCCGCUGUUUCAGCAAAAAACACAGCUAUUUCAAAUGCAUCUGAAAGAAUUAUGCAAUACGGCACGGAACCAACUGUUCAGCCUUUGUUCGCAAUCGCAUCUCACUCUCAUUGGAGUUGAUACUGCAAGUCAGGGCUUAGAGUGGAAAAAUACUAUCCAGCUGCUCAAACACCACUGACUGUGCAUUGAUCCAUACCAAGCACUUUAACACAAUAUCCGCAUCAAGAACAGGUAUUCCUUGUAAUUUAACUUAAGUACCGUGUCAUAUUCACUGUGUAUUGUAGAUAUUUCAAUCAAAACCAAACAUUUUAGGAACCUUAUAUUAUCAACUUUCAUUUAGUUAAUAAUAAUAUACAAGCUAUUUUACAACACACUUUCAAUUUCGCGCAAAAUCCAUGGGACGCUAUUUUAAUUCUGAUUGUUUACUUCAAGGCCGUCAAUAUAGUAUACAUUUACCACAAAUAAUUCGUUUGUAUUUAACCACUAUACGUACCAAUACUGUCCUGACACUAAUUUUAUUAUUUUGGUUCCAUUCACUACCUUUACACUUGACUCAUUUUUACGAGAUAACAUAAAACCUACAGUAAUCCAAAAAAGCACAUUGAGAAAUGGGAAAAAAUUAAAAAAGUGGAAUCAGUCGAUUGUAAUUUAUUGUUAGAAAUAUUUUCACAAUUGAUUUAUAAAUGUAAAGAUGGAUGGUAUGUACAUUAACAACAGCCAUACUUUUUAAAAUUAUCGGUCUAGAGUUCUUCAGACAAUCCAGACUAGUGCUCAUUAGCUUUGUUAUUUAUUUUUAUGUCUUGAUUUAGGAAUGUUUCCAUUCAUUUCUUACUGCACCCAUUAUCGUACGUCCCCACAGAUAAGGCCUGGAUACGUAAACAUUGUUUCUCGAUUAUCUCGUACAAUAUAAACCCAUAAUCACAAAUAUUAGUUUAUCUUUCGUUCCAAAAAUCAUGAUUCAUUUAUCUCUCAUUUACUAGCUCCCAUUAUAACUGAGUGAUAUUUCGGAGGUAUUGAUGGUUAAAUCAUAAUUUUAAUAUUGUUAUGGUGUCCAAUAUAUCAAAAAGUGUCUCACGGUUUGGUAGAAAACAAUACUCCAUUCACUCAGUGGUUACAUGACAAGUAGUUUGUAUUUAUAAAUGCCCGCUAAUCUUUUAAUAUCAAUAAAUGUUUCUGAGCGCUGAUAAUGAAAUCACUCGUAUUUCGAAAUCUAUGUUGAAAAAAACAAUUAUUUUUGUGUAUAUAUACCUGUAAUGUGUAGCAGCUAAUUUAGUUAAAAACCACAGGUCGCAUGUUUUGACACUUCUCUCUUUCAUUUUGGCGAACCAGAUGACAUCAUCAGUCACACAAUGUGCCUCAAAGCCUAGUUCUUACACUUGGUAAAUUAUGUAUAUUACACAACAAUCCUACUCAUAAGUUAUUUCCAUUUCGCAAAGUUUUUUUUCGACCGUGUAUGGGAUUCCUCAUCAGUUCACAUUCCUGACCUCAUGAAGAACUGAAAUCAGUGCCUUUUGAUUUCGUACCAAGCACGUUACUGUUCAGUUGUGUUAUUAAUAUGGAGUAACAUUCAUUUCGUAUUUGUCUGAUAUUCUGUCGUUUACUUUUUUCUACAAUCAACCAUUACUUGUAAUAUUUCUUUAUAGUUGGUAGGGGUUAUAUUAAUUUAGGACAAAUGCAUAAUAAUUAGUUUUCUAUGUGUUAAUUCGAUUCGAUAUUUCAAAUAUGAAUAAAUAUGUUUAUUUAUUCGGUCUUCCAGCACAGUAAGAAUAUUUUGAGUGUUUUUGUUGACAAAUCAAAAUAAUAGGCUAUCUUUCCAUUCUAACAGAUUUGGUCAGUACGCUAUCACCCUACACGAGACCAACUUGUUCUCUCUUCAGGAAGUGAUGGUCGUGUUUGUCUAUACAACUUACCUAGCUAUUCGUCUGAUGCUCUUCUUACUAGUGACAUGAAUCAACAAUCGACUAAUGGUCAUAGUCAAAUAGAAUUUCAAGAUGAACUUGAUGACCAUUCAUCCUGUUCUCAUGAAGGUGAAAUUGACAGAAACGAAGAUGGUUUGAUCGCUCGUUUGGAACAACAUGAAGAAAGUGUAUAUACAGCUGAAUGGAGUCCAGUAGAUGCAUGGUAUUUUGCAUCGAUCAGUUAUGAUGGCAAUUUUCUUAUAAAUCGUGUUCCAGAUCAAAUCAAACUAAAUAUUUUAUUACAAUCUAAUGAUUACUAAAUUAUUUGUAUUUGUUUUCUCUGCAUUCUGGUAUUGCUUUUAUCGUUUGUGCAUUUUGUUUUUCUCUUAACAAUACUUCUAUUAAUUCGGCUGUGAUAAUUAUUUAGUCAACUUUUGUACCAGUUUCAUUAAUAAAUAUGGAUGUUUAUUGACAAAUAAA